GUGCCUUUUUCCUGUCUCCAUCCCACCACCUCUCUCUUCCCUCUCCUUCUCUGCCUUUCACUGUCAACCUCUUUACAUUUCCACAAAAGCCCUAAAACUGGCUCCUGCCACUUAACCCAAUUUUCUUUUACCACCCACCCAUCUCUCUCUGUAGGACUAGCUUGGCUAGGUUGUUUGGAACUUGCUUCGCCCUUUUAAGGGAAAAAUAUCCGCUGAAAUUCACAGAUGUCUUCAGAUUACGAAGUUAGCAAAAGCCUACCAUCAUCAUAAGCCUUUCAUAAGGUUUCUAGGAUUGAUAAACAAUAGAUUAAAAAAGAAUCCUCAAAACCACUAGAAGAUCAGUAGCUGCUGUUUUUUUACCCUAUAUAUCAUCACCUCUCCACCUCCAAAAUCUCACCACUACUAUCUUUCCUCCCUAGCUCUCUCAUGGAGAGUAGUGGUUUUCAUAGUCAUGGCGUUCUUGAACCCUAGAUAUACGAAGCUCAUACAUCUUUGACAUACCAAACCCCUUUUAAGCUAUCAAUCUUCUUGAUAUUUCAACAACACUUAUUGAAGCCCCCUUCAUCCACAUCUCACACCUCUUUCUUGCACUGAGAAGUGAGAAUUAACAGUACUAUACCUUAAUUUAGUCUAUGUGGACCUAUCUAUAUAUAUUUCUCAUGGGAUCAUCAAGUUCCUGUUGAAAUCUUCUAGUCAAAAAACACCAUCUUUUCCAGUCCUUCAAGAUAGUUAUUAGUAAAGACCUUGAUUAACGCUGCCUAGAAAUUAAGCCAAAUUAAACACAUGGACUCUGUUCAAGAUUUCAACAGUGCCGCAACAAACCCAAUAAUCACAAUCCCCCUCGCCACCACCAACACGGCCUCCCCCUCCUCUUCCUCCUCCAUCACCACCACCACCUCCCCCACCACUCUCAGCCGCUAUGAGAACCAGAAGCGGCGAGACUGGAACACCUUUGGGCAAUACCUCCGGAACCACCGUCCCCCGCUCUCACUCUCCCGGUGCAGUGGAGCCCACGUCCUCGAGUUCUUGCGUUACCUUGAUCAGUUUGGAAAAACCAAAGUCCACACCCAACUCUGCCCCUUCUUUGGCCACCCGAACCCGCCUGCACCGUGCCCAUGCCCGCUCCGCCAGGCCUGGGGAAGCCUCGAUGCACUCAUUGGCCGUCUACGUGCUGCCUUUGAAGAGCACGGAGGCAAGCCUGAGAACAACCCUUUUGGGGCUCGUGCUGUUAGGCUUUAUCUACGUGAAGUUAGGGACUCGCAGUCUAAAGCUAGAGGGAUUAGCUACGAGAAGAAGAAGAGAAAGAGACCACCACAGCAGCAGAAUCCUGCUUCACUGAUGCCACCACAAGCACCACCAGAGAGUACUACUAGUGCAAGUGAGAAUUAUCAGUAAGAAAAAAUUAAGCUACUGUCGUAAUCUAGCUAUUUGAAAUUUGGAUUUUAAAAGAAAAAAGAUCAAUGAGUAUAUUACAUAACUCAUUACAACUUGAUGACGAUCUCUUAAAGUAUGUUUGCUAUGAGUAAUGAAUUUCCCAUCUAGCUAAGGGUAUUUCAUUUUGUGUCGUUAAUUAAUUUGUUGCAUCGCAUGUGUAAUAUCGGAUGUUGGGUUUAAGGAGCCAUUGAUAAGGUAGUCAGAUUGCAUUGUUGGAUAAUAUAAGGAUUUUGUUUCCUA